AUGGCUUCUUUUUUGGUGGCCACAGGCACAGGCGGUGGCUCUGAGACUAGUAGUCUUCCUCCGGAUCUGAUAUUCAACAUCCUUUCGAGGCUUCCGGUGAAGGCUCUUGGUAAGUUCAAGUCUGUUUCCAAACGAUGGCUCUCUAUCAUCACUGACCCCUAUUUCCUUGUCAUUUAUCGCAACAGAUCUCUUCACUACCCUAAUUUACUCUUGCUUCGUAAUUGUAAUAAAACUACUCCCAAUCUGCAUCAUGAUGAUGAUGAUGAACAUGCCCAAUCCUCCGCCGGAAUACAAAACAAAACCGCCUAUGCCCAUGUUGUUGAGGUCCUUUCGCUGGGUUUUGAUGGAAAUCACUUUCUUGAUCAGUUUAAGAUUGAUGUUAAUGAUAAUAUCCUUGAUUUGUUGCCUUCCAAAUCGGAUUUGCUAUGCUUUGCUGCUGAAAAUAGCUUUUAUGUUUGCAACCCUAGUACCCAAGAAUUUGUCAAAUUGCCCGAGUCCAGUUGUUGUACGUCCAGGGAAGUUAAUGCUGGUUUGGGCUACAUUUCCUCCAGAAAUGAGUAUGUCUUGAUUCAUCUGUUUGACAGGAGUUUGGAUCUUAGUGGUGAUUCUGAUUUUGGGUGUGAGAUUAUGAGGCUGACUGAUGGUGGUUGUGCUGCUAAUUGUUCUUGGAAGGUGGUCGACUCCUAUUGCCCUUACGUGGUGAGAGGAUGGGGGGUUUUGGUUGAGAAUGUGUUUUAUUGGAUGAUUUGGGAACCGUAUGACCAUCCGGGUUAUGAAGCUAUUGUGUCCUUCGAUUUGGACAAGGAAGAGUUUGGGACGGUUUCACCACCGGAAGGGUGUUUUGAUCCUAGGGCUGUUUGGUCAUUGGUGGAGUUGAGGGGGCUGUUAUGUUUGGUUGAUAGUGCAUCGCGACCUUUUAUUAUGGACAUAUGGGUGUUGAAGGAUUGCGUGAGCCAUGAAUGGGUUAAGGAGUAUAGUAUCGAUCUGAAUGGCUUUGGCAAGGAGUUGCUGGAAUUCAUCCUUCCUUUGGAUCAGUGGGAUGGAGAAAUUCUGAUUGACGUGAAGCAAGAGAGUCUCAACUGUUACAACUUGGAGAACAAAAGCUUCAAAAGGAUGGACAACCUAAUUGCUGGAGAAUGGACAUGGUUACGGCUUUAUACUGAGAGCUUUUUUUCUCUGGGAAGUCGAUAG